CGAACGGUUCUCAUCGCUCCACGCCCCCUCUUGUCUUCAGCAAGAAACAAGGAAGGAAUAAUCAAAGGAGUGAAGGUGAGGAACCGAGGAGGUUCCCCGGCCAUGGCUUGCUUUCUACCCAUCCCACCAGCGGUUUCCCCGGAAACACCCCUAACCUUCUCUCUAAUACCGAGCAUGUCCGAGAUAAUGGAGUCGUCCAGAGCCCAGGGACUCCGCCUCCGGCUCCGUGCCCUGGGGCCCUUCUUCCGGGUCCGGGCGGAGGGCGAGGGUGGGGCGGAGCUCGGGAGGGCAGAGGGAGUUAUUAGGCCGUGGCUCAAGGGCAAAGUUCUGCACUUGGACUCCAUGAGGAUGGCAAGGGAGACGCUCGCCAUGGACCGCUCCAUCUUCGGCCUGGGCCUCUUCCUCGGGGCCGUCGCAGUCCGGCAUGGGUUCGACCGGGGUUGCACCCGGGCCGAGCUCCUCGCCAUCAACGACUCCCCUCUCUAUCACUCCAAGCUUGUUCGGUUCUACACAAGGAUGGGUUUCAAGGCAGUACACGAAGUGGAUGGCUCUUCAAUGGGAGACCUAGCUCACAUGUUGGUGUGGGGAGGUAGAGGGACUAGAAUGGAUGCUAACAUCGAGGAGCUUCUUAUGAAAUGGGGCAAAAGGUUUAAACCUCAAAGUCAAGAUGGUUGCUUGUAAUCACGUUUACACUGUACAUCCAAAUGCACGUUGGUGGUCUUGAGGUCAAUCCCUUAUCGGACAAACACAACCGGCUGGACAUGAAAUCCCUGCUGCUCAAAGUGAAGCCAUGCCAUUUCUGAAGUAUAGAAGCAUAUCAAACUUUAAGGCUAUGAUCCUGAGCCUGUGAAGAGACAAGGACUUGGACCUACAUUUCAGCCUACAAGAUGAGGAGCAAUAUGACAAAGAGGGAGCUAUUAUCGAUAAAAACAUAGUUGCAAACAGUUGCUCCGCUGCUGUUCUAUUUGAGUUACAUCAGCCCUUAGGUCAAAAACUUUGUUGUACUGUAGUCCCCAGCAUGUUUAUGACAUUAUAGCAGCUGUUCUAAUGAUUAGAGAAGCUCCCAACAAAGAGGCAUCUCUUUAACAGCUUUCUUUGGCCA